CUUCACACCAAUUUUUUUUUUUUUUUUUUCUGUUUUUAUUUACGAUGGGGAUAGAGACGAAGGCCUUCACUCCUCGGACCAUUCCAACAUAACUUUCGGAUAAAGGCCUUUUUUUUUUAUUUGUACUUUUCUGCUUUUUUAUUGAAUUGGCUACUACCCUGACUUUUUCUUGGGACAACGCACACACCCACAAAACAAACGCUAAGAUAAUUUUCGAAGAUUUUUUAUUUUUUUUAAUGCUUCCUUAAACGUGCUAUUCAAAAAAAUUCAUUACGAACAAAGCAACAAAAAUUGGGUUGAUAUAAUUGUUUUUUUUUCUCAUUGGAAGAAUCUCAUCGGAAUUUCGUUUGCGUGCAAAAAAAAAAAAUUAUGAAAAAUAGACGCGUUCAUGUGCAGCUUUGCCGGGAUUAUUUUCCGUCUUUUAAUCGAAGUAUUUCCCCCCCCCCCCUAAAUUGAACUCGAAUCACAUUUUCUUUUAUUAUUCUUGGGGGAACAAUUGUUAACAAUUUAAUUGAAGAAAAAAAAAAAAACGAGUCUCGACGCUGUUGUGCUUUCACGUCGUUCAAGUAUUAGAGCGGGUAGGGGUGUGUGCUGUGUAAUUCGAUGCGUCUUAUUCCCCGUGCCGCAUCUCCACGUCAUUCAGUUUUAUAUUUCUAUUUCACGAUCGAUUUCCUCCCGUUUUUGUUUGCGAUUUUUCGCCAAUUGUUGCAUAUCCUGCUACUAUUACCAAGCGUACAAGAUUGACAGGGGAGUUUGCUCCGGUAUAUAGUGCAUGUGUUUUAUUCCGUCGUCUUUACAUUGACAUGGCGCAGGCUUGAAUUCUUGGACACUUUGAUUUUUCUCACUCCAUCGUUUUUAACUUAAGCUAUAUUUUGCUUUUUUUUUUUUCCCCGUUUUUAUUUUGCUUAAUCUCCCUCUGUUUUUUUUUUUAAUUCUUAUACUCUUAAUAUUUCUUCAUCUUUUGAUUGUAUUCUGGUUCAACCCCCCACGUUUUUUUAAUUUUUCCUCUCGCAUUCUCUUUUGUGUAUUCUGUACGUGGGCCCCGUGCGGGAGGACUUGCACCGAUCCGGCAGUGGAAAUGGUUUUUCUUUUUCUCUUAUCGUCUGCGAUUUUUUUUUUUUACAGGCUUUUUCUUUUGUUGAUUUAUAAAAACAAUUUUCAACUCCUCCUCCCCCCCUGAUGUGCCUUGAGAACACAACACACAUAGCCCACCAGUUGUACCUUUUUUUUUUUGCGACGUUAUUAGUAUUAUUAUUCGUAUGAGCAGCAUAAGAUCAUCGUCUUGUAUCUUUUUUUUUUUUAGUUUAUUUAUUUCUACACUAAAAAAAAAAAAAAAACUGUUCCGCGUGUGUGUUGUCCGUUUAUUCCCCCCACGCCGAUUGCCCCAACACUCACAACAGAGAGCAGCAAACAAGAGAUAUAAGAUUUGCUGAUAAUGACCAUGUCCUGAUCGCCGUUUGUUUUGACCAUUCAAUGUCCAACCGUUCAUUAUUAUUAUUUUUUAAAUCUUUGACCGAGGGGUACUAACUGCCCCUCACAUAUUUUGUGGGUAGAAAAUUUCCUUUUUUAAAAAUUCAUUCAUUCAGUCUCUCCAAUUUUCUCCAAUUUCAAUUUUUUGUACUGACGUUGAUGAUUAUCAUAUCAUCUUUUUAAUGAUUUUUUUUUUUUUUGGUGGCUACGCGACUCAACUCGAAUGUCGAUGGCGAGUUGGUCUAAAAAUGAAGAAAAGACCAACUACUACACAAAAGAAAAGAAAGAUGACGAUGAGGUGUGCAUAACUAUUUUGUAAUCGAUUGAUAUGAACAAAACAAAAAAUACAAGAUCGUUUUUUUUUUUUUGUCGCUCCAAAAAGAAAGAAAAAAAUCUUGCCAAUUUGAAUUAUUGUCUGACGACAUUGUAAAUGAGACGAACGUAAUUCGAUCUCCGGACAUCUAUCAUCGAAGCGAAUGGAAAAGAGGGUGGAAUCAUGAUUUGACAUUAAGAAGAGGAUGUUUGUCUACUCAUGGAAGAGGUACGGAAAUAAUAAUAGUAAAGGGAAAAAGGGGAUGUCAGUGAAUUGCAGUGACAAACACAAACUGAUCGUUUGUCGGUCGACGGUGACAUUUGUUUGCGACGCGGUCGUCGCCCACCAGUCGGAGACGAUCAUCAUUGCCAACCGUCUUGUUUUUCUUGCUGACUGAAACCCCCCCAGAAAAGAGGCGGAUGAUGAUGACUGCUAAUCUACUCUCCCCCCUAGCUUUUUCUUUUUCCAAGUCAUUAGAACGACACUGUCAUAAGUCAGCCAUCUCUGAAAGAAAGGGACUUAUCGAUCGACUCGUAAUGUAUGACCAGAUGGAAUUGCGUAUCGCUUGUAAAAAUAUGCUACGAAAGGGUUGGUAUUAUAACAUAUUUCUACCCCCCCCCCUCAUUUUUUUAAAUGUUUCUCCCUUGUUCUUUGAUGCAAAAAAAUAUGGGCUCGACUCGAUCGUUGUUGAUGGCCGACUGUUGUGAUGACUGCCUGCCCCAUUUGGGUUUGUCCUGGUAAGGCGGGGUUGUUUUUAUUUGAUUUAAUCCACAUUUAAAAUCAAUAUCUUUUGCUGUUUGAAGCAGUAAUAAAUCAGGUUAUAAAUAAUUGGAUAAUAUGUGUUUUUCAAUUGAUCUUCUUUCAUUAGAUUUAGCGGUUCCACGUGGGUCACGUUAAUGCGGUGACCCGGUUCAUCAGUCAAUUUCGACCAGGGUGUCGUCUUAUUAGAGGUAAACGAGGACGCUGCAAGAAUCUACAUGCAUUUUACAUGCAGGGGGAAGUAUAGAAAUUAAGUUUUAUUUAUUUAUUCAAUUAGAGCAAUUAAGAAGCUUUGGCCAAGCGGUUCAUCUAUUUAGAAGGAGAAUUGUGUACUACAUUUAUUCUUUAGUUUGCCGAUCCAAUGUGAUUAUUUGGAAGUCGCGUUUCUUCUCUUUAACGCGUUUAACACUCUUAGAUUGAUUGUAGAGACUUGAAAAGAGAAACUCGGCUUGCCAUUGAUGAACGAUACUCGUAAAUUACGUCUGGACAACACCCACAACAUUUAAGGAUAAUAAAACUAACGAAGCCCCCCAUCAAUUAUUAGAUUCCGCGCCAAUGAAAACCGCCAUAAAUCUAAGAAAAAUAGCAAUGUGAUAAAAAAAAUAACACAUAAAAAAUAACAUUCAAGGCUCAUUAAUGAUUUUGUAAUCUACCAACAAAACAUCCCGACAAUCGGAAUCUUUUGUUGGGACUUGCAAAUAUUAAUUUAAUUGAAACGGGUUUCUUCUAUUAUCUCGAUGUGUAUCGUUUAGACUUGCCGUGUUUUACUUGAUCGUGUUGCGUACACGGAUAGAAUUUGCUCGUUUAUAAUAGCUUUAAAGGGAAAGAAAGGAGAAGGGAGUCCCAAAACUCAUUCCAUUAAGUGGCGAUUAUAGUCCCAAGACUUGUCGAGUGAAUGCGUUUGGGGCAAUUGUCGCGCGCCGCCUUUUGCGCUAGUCCCGAUGGGGGGAAGGCUCGAUUUGUCAGUCUCUCGGCACCUCUUCCGUUAUAUUCUUUCGAUGGCUGUUUGCGGAUAGAGACAGACCGCCUGGAUGCUCUUUAUUUUUUUCUUUAGGCAGAUACUUGUACUUGCAUGUAUAUUUUCUUUUUCUUAUAGGGGGAAAAAAAGGGUCGUUGCAAGAGUAUCUCAACUACACGCUUCAUUAAUUUGAAGAGUUGUAGCAGAGUGUGUCUAUGGAUGCACGCGAUAGUGUAUGGUAGAGGGACUUGACAGUAUAGAAAUGGUAUUUAAACAAAAAAAGAGUCCGCGCAUCACUUUCCAAUUACCGAGAUUGAGCCGGGAAGGGGUUUGGUGAUGGGAGUGUACAUGCGGAUUGAUAAUAUAUACAACCAGUGCUGUACACCAGUCACUGUGUGCACUUGCUGUAGGUCUUUCUUUGUUUCUCGCUAGCUCCGUUUGAUACUCCACUAUUCGUGUAUUUAAACGAUGGAGAAAACGAAUCGUCACCGUGUAAGAUGACUAAUCGAAUUGAGCUUUCCUGUCAUUCCUUUAGCUGCGAUAAGCUCUGCUAUUGAGCAUUUCUUUCAUCGCAAAAAGAAAAAACGAUAAACAAUGACGACUCGUAAUAGAGCCCUCAGGUUUGUCUUAAAUUGCUCCUGGAAGUUGCUCAAAAACGCUUCAAAUUUUUCUUUGUUUUUUAUUUUUCGAGUUAAUGUCGUUACAGCAAACGGGAAAUAUGGGAUCUGUUCCAAAAGAUGGAAGCGUUAUGGACAUAUGUAGAUCGUUUCUGGAACUUUUCCCAAAUCGUUUGAAUUACCAUAUAACGCUCGGCCCCAAUUGAUUGUGAAUAUUUAACUAAGACCACUGUAUAUCAGCUAGAAUUCUUAUUUUUCCAUUAGUUUAUUCCUUCUGCCGAUUUAUUUUCGAAGACGAACCAUCCGUCGUUCACGUGCAUACAACAACUUAACCAAUUUUUUUUUUUUGCUCCAAUAAUAACGUAGAUGUUUAGGAUCUUUUACUUGGUGAUGGUGCGGUAAGGCAUGAAAACAAGGAACGCAACUGACUUUGAUGGAUCCGGUCAUUAGUCCGUGUUACACAGUAGCGGCACGACGAUCCAUUCAGCGCAGCAGGAAUCAAGGAGUACAAAUACAGACAACGAGAGACGGGGGGGGGGGGACAGAAACGGUGACACUUUUCCUUCUUUUUAUUCCAAGACUGUGACGAUAAACCAUCGUCAUUAUAUCUGCAACACAAUUGUUGUUAUUGCGGUGAGGGUGGCGGUGGAAAGGGAGUCCGGCAUCAGCCGCUCUAAAGACAUAAUUCGAUUAAUGCUUCCCCCCUUCUUUUCUGACCUACCAGUGAAUUUUCUUCCUAGAACGACAUUUACGUAUACAUAACGAGCUGAGAGAAGAGAGAGGGGGGAUAUGGGUAGGAAAACAAUCUACUGGAUUUUGAACAGAAAAUUUCGUCCAAUGUAUCUCUGCAUCUGUGUGUGUAAUUGAAUCAAAACAAAGAUUUAACGCACCGGAACAGGCAAAAAAAAAAAAACGGAGUGUAAUGGCCCUAUCACGAUUCUAUUAUAUAUGGGCCACAGUUAGGAGCUGUCCGAACGACUCCCGAAUGAACGAAGCGGAUGUCGAGUCUGAAUUUUCUCAUUGGUCGGAUUCGCCAGCCAAUUGGAGAAGAGCGAUCCUGCGCAGAGAGAGUAUUACGUACAUCCACUUGAUCUGUAUCUCUCGCAAGUUGUCUCUGUUAUUAUAUCCAGUCGACUGGCCGGAAGGACGCAUCCAUUGCUCAAGGGGUUCUACUCGAGUAAAGACUUGCAAAAAGAAAAGAAAAACAAGUGAAUUUACUUCCAUCUCAGUUCUUUGAUCUCAACCAGAUCAAAUGGCCGUUUUGUUGUUGGAUAAAGAAAGUCAAGAUUGUUUGUCCGCCAAGACGGGCUAUCCGGCCGACAGCACGGCACACGACAGAGAAGAAGAGGAAGAAAAUGAUUUGAAGGAUUCAUCGGUUCAUCGUCGGCCGUCCCGUCGCCAGUUGAUCUUCAAAAACGACCCGUCGUCUUGCGUGAAUCACGAAUUGCUGCUGGUGCAAGAGAAUAGCAAACAAAGUCAAUGUCAGCAGACGAAUUCACCGCCAGCAUCACCAUCCGCCGACGCCCAGCAUCGCGAUCUCCAAUCGGGUAAAAUCAAACCGAGGAGAAGUCGGACUAAUUUCACGCUGGAACAGCUCGCAGAGCUUGAACGGCUAUUUGAAGAAACUCACUAUCCGGAUGCUUACAUGCGCGAAGAACUUAGCCAGCGACUAGAACUUAGUGAAGCUCGCGUCCAGGUUUGGUUCCAAAAUCGGCGGGCGAAAUGCCGCAAACACGAAAGCCAGGGACACGGUAAACACGACACAUCCAUCCUCUCGUUCGAUCCAAUUGGGCGAUCCGUCGGAAGUCAUCGUGCGUUUGGUGAACGUGCAAUAGGAGCUUCCGGUGUUCAUCACACUCUUUUGCAGCACGUGAUGGCGGAGAACUCAUUGGGCAUUCACCAUCCUCGACUGUCUAUCAGUGGAAAUAGUCUUUGUAAUAACAGCGCUAGUAGGGUAUCCACCCAACAAUCGGGAGCGACAACAAGUUUGACAUCUUCGUUCCACCAUCAUCACCACGGAACAUCCAGCGUGAAAUCAACGAGUUUUAUGACGUCACUAGCGGGGACUACGGCGCCAACGUCUUCCAUAUCAGCGGCUGAAAGGGGAUCACGAGGCAUGGAUAUUCCUUCUUUGCCGUUGCAUCCAUUUCCGCGCUUGAUGGAUGCCAGCGCACUUCUAGCAGCUCAACAGUACGUCUCUUCGUUGAACAACGCCAAAUCGACACCGGAAUGCGGAUCAGCGCCGUCACCGAGCCCUGCGUCGUCUUCAUUAAUUGUUCCAUCAGCGACGGUCAUUUCGGCCGACACUUUGGUCAAUCCUGUUCCAACGACUUCCUCACUUGCCUCAUUCUUCUUCCAUCCGGCUUCAUUGGCCGCUUCUUUGGCCGGCUAUCCUCCCCCUCCUCAUCCGUGGACCCUCAGUUGGAUGAACGCGGCUGCAGCAGCAGCCGCAGCCGCUGGUUAUGGUUUUACUACUCCCAUUUCGCCGUCAACAACGGUUGCUAUGGACCUGACAACAGCCGUUCAUCUUCGGGAUCCAUUCAAUUCCAUCGCCGAUCUACGACUGAAAGCGAAACGUCACGCCGAGGAGCUCGUCGACGUCUCCUCAUCUGGCAAUAACAAUAAUAAUAACGGGGACAACGGUCCAUCUCCCAACAGUCCGCUUUAAUUAAAAUUUUUAAAAUAAUAAUUAAUUCGUUUUUUUUUAAUACGCAUAAUUUGUUUCAUUCGUGUUUGUUAAAUCUCUGUUAUUACAUUCCGUCAGUUCGACCUCUAGUGUAAAACUCCAUUCCUCUGUACGGAGCCAUCAACGACUGGAUAAUACAUCAAAAUUGUCAUUACUUACUCGAA